AUGAAGGCAUCAGGAGUACAAACUAAGAUCCACUACAGAGGUACCAAGACUGAUGAGGAUUUCGUUAUCUUCGUAGACUCUGAGGAGGAUCUUAAGAAGUGGAAGGGAGAUAAGAGCACACCUCUGGCACAAGUCGUUGGUUCCUUCAAGGUCUUCGUUACACACAAACACGGAGCUCAAGGAACUCAUGAUGAGGCUUCAGAGUCUCAAUUAGAGAAUGAGUUUGGUACCAAGGUUGACGAUGAGGUUAUCAAGAUUAUUCUGGAAAAGGGCGAGCCACAACAUGCUGCUUCAAUGGAGAAGACCGGUGCCAAGAACGAUAGUAUGGGUUCAAUGAGUGCUCACUAG